AUGGGGACCCCCCAUUUUGGACCAGGGGGUGUGCAAGUCGGGGCCAUACUGCUGCUAGGUUUUACGGGGCUGGUGUCUGGACUCAGCCUAGAGCCUGUCUACUGGAACUCGGCAAAUAAGAGGUUCCAGGCAGAGGGUGGUUAUGUGCUUUACCCUCAGAUCGGGGACCGGCUAGAUCUACUUUGUCCCCGGGCCCGGCCUCCUGGGCCUCACUCCUCUCCCAGUUAUGAGUUCUACAAGCUGUACCUGGUAGGGGGUGCCCAGGGUCGGCGCUGUGAGGCACCCCCUGCCCCAAACCUUCUUCUCACAUGUGACCGGCCAGACCUGGAUCUCCGCUUCACCAUCAAGUUCCAGGAAUACAGCCCCAACCUCUGGGGCCACGAGUUCCGAUCCCACCAUGAUUACUACAUAAUUGCCACAUCAGAUGGGACCCGGGAAGGCCUGGAGAGCUUGCAGGGAGGUGUGUGCCUCACUAGAGGCAUGAAGGUGCUUCUGCGUGUGGGACAGAGUCCACGAGGAGGAGCUCUACCCCGAAAACCUGUGUCUGAAAUGCCCAUGGAGAGAGACCGAGGGGCGGCUCACAGCCUGGAGCCCGGGAAGGACAGCCUACCAGGUGACCCCAACAGCAAUGCAACCUCUCGGGGUGCUGAAGGCCCACUGCCCCCUCCCAGCAUGCCCGCAGUGGCUGGGGCAGCAGGGGGGCUGGCGCUGCUCUUGCUGGGCGUGGCAGGGGCUGGGGGUGCCAUGUGUUGGCGGAGACGGCGGGCCAAGCCUUCGGAGAGUCGCCACCCUGGUCCUGGCUCCUUUGGGAGGGGAGGUUCUUUGGGCCUGGGUGGUGGAGGGGGGAUGGGACCUCGGGAGGCUGAGCCUGGGGAGCUAGGGAUAGCCCUGCGGGGUGGUGGGGCUGCAGACCCCCCCUUCUGCCCCCAUUAUGAGAAGGUGAGUGGUGACUACGGUCACCCUGUGUACAUUGUGCAGGAUGGCCCUCCCCAGAGCCCUCCAAACAUCUACUAUAAGGUAUGA